AUGAAAAGAGACAUAAAUCUGCUGCUAUCUGAUCAACGAAGCAGUUUAGACGAUCGUUCAACAGCCGUGAUUCGAAAUGGUAAUUUCCUGCGGGAUGAUCUCCAUCCAGCAUUAAUUAGGCAAUUCAAACUUAUAUCAGUGAAUUUUAAAGAGGCUGCUCUUGACAGUCCGUGUUUUAGAGCAAGUGUGAACCAUCUUGAUAUACAACUAAACAACAUAGAAAAAUGGUUAGUUGCUUUGACUAGUUCACUCAAGAAGAUACCAAGGUAUGUAAAGGAUGUGCAAUCCUUCUGUAAUUCAUUUUUAGAGCACUUGGCUCCAACUUUCCUACAAGAGGGGCUAAUAGAUCAAGAAUAUACUGUCCAAUCUUUACAUACUACAUUAAAUGGUUUGAAAAGAAUUUGGGAUCUUAGUUUGCAAGCACUCAAUGUUAAUACACGUGGAUUGGAAAGUAUCAAUGCUUUCAUUACUACAGAUGUGACAAGGUAUAAAGAAAUAAGGCGAAGAUUUGAUCAAUGUCAGGUUAAAUACGAUAAAUAUUUGGCAAUUUUUGUUUCUACUCCCAAAUCAAAGGAGUCGUCAAUGGUCAUGGAAGAUGCAAAGCAGUUAUUUGAAGUGAGGAAAGAGUAUAUUCAUGCCUCCUUAGAUUUGAUUAUAGAGCUACAGACAUUAGGCAAUUCCUUGGAUAAAAUACUAGUGGGUCUAAAUACUGAAUUAUUACGGAAUAAAUGGAAUAUUUUUGCUUCGGAAGCUAAUAAAAAUGGUUUCAGGAGUCAAUGGGAGAGGGUGCGUAAAAUACAGAGUUGGAGUGAUUCUUAUAGUAUAUCCAUUGAGAAAUUGGCAAAUGAUAUGCUAAGUGCCAAGGCACAAGUUGAAGAAGGGUGCCACGUACAAUUCCAACCUUCUACAAACAUAGAUGAUUAUAAAUCAUCUCUUAUCAAUUCCAGGACCCUAAAUGAAAUUGAUGAACGAGGAAUUGAAAAGCAUGGCUACUUAUUUAUGAAAACUUGGACUGAAAAAUCAUCAAAGCCGAUUUGGGCAAGAAGAUGGGCAUUCAUAAAAGGAGGAAUAUUUGGUUUACUAGUGUUGAGUCCUUCCCUGACAUUUGUACAGGAAAGUGAUAAAUUGGGGGUUUUGUUGUGUAGUGUCAGAUACGCUCCGAACGAAGACAGAAGAUUUUGUUUUGAAGUUAGAACAAGUGAACUUACGGUUGUUUUUCAAGCCGAGUCUUUGAUUGAAUUAAAGUCAUGGCUUAAAGUAUUUGAGAAUGAAAAGCAAAGAAUUCUAAAUACUGGGACAGCAGAUGAUGAAUUGUUUAAUGUCGCAUCGGGGAGAUAUCCGCCGAUUAUUCUAGAAUUUGCAUCAACGGCAAACACAGUAAUGGAUCAUGAAUUAACAAAUACCAAACUCACCGCUGCUGGCGGGCAAUUAAUUACUUCAAGUUCGCUUUCGGCCCAUAUAGAGAAGAAUGAGAAAUAUUUUCAGAAGCAUCUAUAUUUCCAGAUCCCAGGUAUUCGUCCACCUUUCAUUACAGACACAACAAAAUCUUCGAUUAUAGCGUACAGUCUCACAGCACCAAUGCCAAUACCCACUGCCUUAACUGCAAAUAUAUGGGGAUCAGUCAAUUGGGGAAUUUACUACUUGCAUGACUCUGUAAAAGCCGAUACUCGUCAUGAUUGCACUCCAGAUAUCGAAAUGAUGAAAUUUCAGGAAGAAAAAAUGGGAAAUGAUAUGUUUCAUCCAAAGUAUUAUCCAGAUGAACUUGUAAGUUUGGAUAUUCAGAUGAGAGCAUUAUUUGAAACAGCAAUUGAACCUGGAGAGUAUUGUGUUCUUUCAUUCAGUUGUAUUUGGUCUCCAAAUUCCAAGCAGGAGCUUAGCGGGAGAUGCUUUGUGACACCUAACCAUAUGUAUUUCUAUAUGCAAGCAUUGGGAUUUGUUGCAUUGUUUAAAGGGUAUAUGGGACAUCUCGUAUCUGUUGAUUGUACAUCCCAGAAGCAGUAUGAUAUGUUGAAAAUAUUUAAUAUUGACGGGGUUAUUAAAAUGAAGUUAUUUUUAGAUGACGGCAAACUUGUGAAAAAGAAGUUGGUAUGCAUUAUUAACAAUAUUGCAAGUGAUAAUCCCAAGGGUCUCAAAGACCUUUUAUCAGAAAUGGCGGAAGUUGAGAAAGAAUUAAUUAAGGAGGAACAAGAUCAAAAGAAUCUCAAGGAGAUAAGCAACCUUUCGAAGACUUUAUCAGAUAAAAAUAUGACUCAUGAGAAACAACUCGUAGCGGGAGGAAUCACCUCGUUUGUUCCUUCACCCGAUGGAAAGUUAGUUAAAUAUAAGAUUGACUUCCACUCUGAGUACAAUUUCUUGGGAGAAAGAAUCUAUGGCCUUCCUCCAAAAGCUUUAUUUCACGCAUUGCUUGGGGACAACUCCGUUAUAUUAAAAGAUCAGACAGCUUUAACACAAUUAGAAUAUUACAUAAAGAAGCCAUGGAGGAAGACACCUGAAGGAAAAUUAUAUAGGAAACUUAAUGUUCCUGCACGUUACGACAGCAAUACAAGUGAUACCCAAAUAUUUCAAGAAAUUGAUAACAUGGAAGACAAUUCAUAUUAUACAUUCACCCACACCAGGUCCAAGUUUGCGUUCUUCGCUGGUCCUACAUUUUCUAUUGUUUACAAAGUUGUAAUUGUUGGUAUGGCAGGUAAACGUUCCAAGGUGCUUUUCUUUUCAAAGAUGCAGUUUGAUAAUAAGAGCUUGAUGACCAAUUGGUUUAUUGAAACUUUGUGUUGCCGUAUAGAUUUGAAUCAAAUUGGAAAGAUUGAUAAUCGACUCAAGGAGGUAGUAAGAGAGGUGGGUGAGCAUGGAAUGAUUGUAAAAGCCAUUUAUUUGUACGGUAAGUUAAGCUAUACUGAAGAGGAAGAAGAAGAUAUUCCCGAACCCUUAAUACGAUUUGGAUUUCUUUAUGUUGCAAGAUUGGGGCUCAGAAAAAUGAUAAGCAAGUCAAUUACCAGCGUUUACAGGUGCUUUGUUUGGUACUUUUAUUUACUUGUGAGGCUCAUUGAAGGGAUUAAAGCAAAUCAGUUGUUACUUUUUAUAAUUGCAUGUUCAACUUUGUUGAAUCUCUUUUUGAUGGGCAAAACUGGAACCUCCUAUUGGACUACUCGAAGGGCAAAUCAACUUGCUUACGAAUAUAUAAAGCAAGAGCCAAUGAUGCUUCAAAGAUCGAUUUAUUUAACAGAUAUGCAGGAUCUCCUUAACCAUACUAAUUCUCCUAUGGUUAUUAAUGGUUCAAGACCCUAUACAUUAUUUAGAAAUAAGUCAUUCAUCCUGAAUUACAAGCAAGAUACAAAUUGGAGUGAUGAUUAUUUCAACAAAAAUGCCCUUUCGGUGGCAAAGAGAUUGAAGCAGGCUUUCCAAGAUAUUGGUAUAAGAAGACAUGAUUUAAUCGUAAGAUUAAGUAUGUUGAAUGACAUGGAACGCGAAAUAGCUAAAGCAGAAUGGGCAAAUUGGUUAAUGAGUGAGGUGCAACGAUGCGAAUACAUAAAGGAAAACAUAUUAGAUCAAUUGCUUUAUAAUAAAGAGACGAUUGAAGGAGUGGAGCAGGUGAUUGGAUUUUGUGAUGAAUGUAGAGAUUUAUUGGCAGAGUUAACAGAACAGCAAUAG